CUCAUUGUGGGGCAUUUCGUCUUUGGUUGAAUAUCAGAGAGGAGCUCUAGAGAAAACUUUGUCAAAAUCAAAGAAAACGAAUCGUGUUUUUGGUGAUAAAACACUAAACUCAGAAUAAUGAAGCCUUUGAUGGUUGUGAUGUUGAUAUGCGUGGCUGUUUUACCAGCCAUCAAGUCAAAGACCAACAAAACUCCUGUGAGAUACGUGACAUAUAAUUAUGAUGGACGUGAGUGCAAACGAGGCCCCCGAGGAUUCCAAGGAUCUCCAGGAUCACAAGGACGUCCCGGAUCUCCUGGUAGGGAAGGUAAACCCGGUGCUCGUGGACCCCAGGGGUUGAAGGGAGAUACUGGUCCAAAAGGAGACAAGGGAGAUCGUGGACCAAGAGGUCUGUCAUCUCAUUCCAACUGGAAGGAAUGUUCUUGGAAGAAUAUCGAUAAUCACAAGGACAACGGUCUGAUCAAGGAUUGUGUUUUCCAGAAGAAGUACAAACAUACCGUUCUGCAUGUCUACUUUAAUGGUGCCCUCAGAAUUUACGGCUGUAACAGCUGCUGUAAACGCUGGUUCUUUACCUUCAACGGUGGUGAGUGCCAGUCCCCUAACGCUAUUGAUGGAGUGGUCUACAUGCAAAGAGGCAAAAAUAAAGACCUCCAUCGAGUCCGCCAUAUUGAAGGUCACUGUGACAAGAUCCACAAGGGAAAAGUACGUGUUGGCUUCAACGUGGGAAACUGCAAAGGGUACGGUAAUUUUGACGCGUAUACCGGAUGGAAUUCCGUAAGCCGUUUGUUUAUAGAAGAGGUGCCCAGGCCACAGAAGUGAUCCCGUUCAUGACCACCACAGCCAACCCAAUGAUAAUUCAUUGCAGGUUUUAAAAAUAAGAUUAGCAAGUUAAUCAUGCUGUAAUAAGGUGCUGGGUUCAAUUAAAUAAUGAAUUGAUGCAAA